UGUAUUGCAGGGCAGACAGAUAACGGAGAAGUGACGUCACCCCAAUGCUUUGGUCUCCCAGCCAUUCAGUGAAGUUGGAGCAGCGCUGCGGAGAUCAGAAAGGAACUAGCUAGCAUAGCAGAACAGCAGGCAGCGCCGGACAGAGCAGGAGAUGCAGAAACCAGAACGAUAAACAUAAAAUAAUGCGCAACUGUAAUUGAACAGGUUCCAAGGCUAGAGCAAGGGGUGGUGACUACCAACACCGCUAAAAAUCUGUAUUUUUAAAAAUUAUAUAUAUAUAUAUAUAUAUCAUGUCGCUAUUCAACGUAGACGAUGAUCAUAGAUGGAUGCCGACCCACGUCCAGGUGACAGUUUUACGGGCUUCGGGCUUGAGGGCAAAAGGGAAACAUGGGACCAGCGAUGUGUACACUAUCAUCCAGGUGGGGAAAGAUAAAUUCUCCACCUCUGUGUUGGAGAAGACAACGUCUCCCGAAUGGAAAGAGGAAUGCUCGUUCGAGCUGCUCCCCGGGGUCCUGGAGGCAGACGAUAGGUCCGCUUAUCCCCCGGGGAGCAGUGAUCUGAUCCUAACCGUGAUGCAUAGAGCAUUGAUCGGAAUGGAUAACUUUUUGGGGCAAGCUGUUAUCCCGCUGUAUAACAUCUUUCAGGAGAAGAGGUCGCGGAAGAACGAGUGGUACACACUGCACUCCAAGUCUGGGAAGAAAGAGAAGGAGCGAGGCGCGAUCCAGGUGACCGUGCAGUUCACCCGCAACAACCUGACGGCGAGCAUGUUUGAUCUGUCCAUGAAGGACAAGCCCCGCUCCACGUUCGGCAAAUUCAAGGACAAGAUGAAGGGGAAGAAGAGGGGCGAGGGGGAGUCUGCCUCGGCCAUCGUGCCCAGCGGGAUCGGAGCACUGAGCGAGAGGGGGGGCCGCAGUGCCAGCGAGGGGGGUGGGGAACAGGAGGACGAGGAGCACGAGGAGGGGAAGAGGAGCGGAGUGAGGGGCUUCUUCAAGAAGCCCAAGCUGCGCAAGUCGUCGGACAGCCACUCCAACACGUCCCUGGCCUCGGGGAGCAGCGUGUCGUCCUCGCCUGGGGGCAGUCUGAGCCCCACUGCAGGGAUCAGUGUGGUCGUGUCGGACCUCUCCAACUCCCCUAGCGUCAGCAGCAACCUGACGGACAGCCCUGUUCACACCAGCCAGCCUUCCCCAAAGCUGUUGACCCACAAGAGGGCGUUCAGUGACGAGGUGAGCCAGGUCAUCUCCAUGCCCCAGCACAGAGAGGUGGAGAAACUGAAGGCCAAGGACAGCCCACUCUCUCAGUCCUCUCUGUGCAUCAACGGCAGCCACAUCUACGCGGUGGACACGCCCGCCCCCUCCACGCUGCCAAAGGUCACCCUGGGAGUGCUUCAGAAAUCCUCCACCCUCUCCCGCUCCCUUCAGAACCUCACUAAGAAGAGCGAGGAGACCCCCAAAGUGAAUCUGGACACCCGGCGGUGGUCCCUGGACAAGACGGGCAACAAGGAGGGAGGCAAGCUGGUGGAGCUGCUUGGAGGACAGGAGGAUUCCAUCAAAGCCACACCUGGGCGUAAAGAAGGCAAGCCGGUACAGAUAGCCACCCAGAUCGUCUCCACAUCCAACGUGGAACCGGCCAGUGUGAAGCGUGCAGAGGAGGUGAAGAAAGAAGAACACAAGAAGCACAAACUGCACUUAUUCGGGGGGAAGAAUGAGUCGAGGGGCAGCGAGCCCGUCAAGAGUGGAGACAUGAGCCCCACUGGCCAGCAGCCAGAGGAGAAGCACAAGGGCUGGUUUGGCUCCAAGGAGGCCCAAAACAAACCCAGUUUUGCCCUUGAGCCUUCCCAUGCUGCCACUUCUUGGGCUGAAGGUCCCCAUUCCCCUGUUGAUGUGUCAAUCCCAAAACCUGCCGAUGCAGAGGAGAAGUCCAGGGGUAACGCUGUUAUCCAAGGACCGGUUCCAACGCCAGUUCCGAGGGCCGUCAUUCGGAUGCCAAGGCCUGUCAGGACACCCUACCCUUUUUCGGUCCCCUCCACAGGGGACUGGGACGAAUCAUUUGACUCCUUUGCUGCCAGCAGGCUCAAGCCAGAGCAAAAAGGUAAGGGUACACCCAGGUCAACAGGUGGAUCGCUCCACUUGGCUGGGACAAGGGUUUCUUUGCCUCUGGUGACAGUAGGCCCUCAAGAAGAUUCUUCAAAGACACAGGAACUUGUUGAAACCUCGAAAGCAAAUGGUUUAGUGGAACAGCCUUUUGUACAAGCUAGCAACUCCAGUGCCUCACCAAUUCCUCUGUGCAUGUCAGUCAAGGCCAAUGUCAAGGACUAUAACAGAGAAAGCUGGUUAGAUAGUGCACAGGUGAUUGCAGUUGAGAAAGAAGCUAGCUUGCUUUCCCAAACAGAUGCUGCAGCCAUACAACUUCAGAAAGAGGCUUAUGGAGACAAGAGUCUGCUGACUCUGUUGCAGAACUCUGCGUUGGAAGCACUGGAAAAGGAUGGCGUUUCUUUAACAGAAUCGAAUGUUAGUUUAAAUGAAGAACUGAAAAACAAGGAAAGGUCUAGCGCUAAUGAUACAUUUAAAAGCAACAAUGCCCUGGUGGAUACUGUAGAAGUUGUAUAUAAAGAUCCAGUGGCAGAAAUUGGUCAGUCUUAUCUGCCAGGUGAAAAUAGCCCAAGAUAUGUGAGUACUUGCUCAAUAGUAUUCAGGUCCAAAGCUAUGCAGGAAGCAAAUGAAGAUUUAGACAACCUUGUGAAGCUGUCGCCUUCACUGACACAGAGUGUUGCCUCCAAAUCAUCUAGAAGCCACCCAGGUCAUUCUAAGGACUCCUCUGUCUCGACCCAGGAAGAGGGAAAUGAAGAUCUAGACAAGCUUGUGAAGCAGUCCCUAACAGUGAUGCAGAGCGCAACCUCUGAAAUGCCUAGAAGUGAUUCAGUCAAUUCUAAAGACUCUGUCUUUACCCAUGAAGCAGGAAUUGCUGAGGAAUCAGGAAGGGAAGCAGAUAGUGGCACGAGGAGCUUAUCUAAACCAGAAGGUAGUACUAGCAUCUCAGGGAGCGACAUCGACAUUCAUGAAAAGAAUUCGAAUGGCUCAAACCAAAAAGUAUUUGAAAGCACAGGAAGUGAGACAGAUAGUGGCACAAAGAGCCCUACUUCUUUCAAUCAAGACCACAGUGCUGGGAUGUCAGGAAGUGACAUAUAUAGUCGUACUAGCAAGUCAGAUGGGUUGCUUCCAGAAGUUUUUAGUAAUGGUUCAGAAUCUAACGCUAGUAACCCAAUUGGCUCACUCCCAGAUGUUUUCACUAAUACACAUCAUGCUAACAAACAGUUUGGCAUCUUUUCUGAAGUUUUUAGUAAUAUACCAGAAACUAAUGAUAACAAGCCAGUCCGUUCACUCGCUGAUUGUUCAAAUACACCAGAAACUAAUGAUAACAAGCCAGUCCGUUCACUCGCUGAUUGUUCAAAUACAUCAGAAACGAGUGCAGCCAAGCAAAUGCACUUGUCCCUGGAAGUUUUUACUAAUGCCCUGCAGACUAAUGCUAAUUCAAAUGGUUUCCUUCCUGAAACGUGUACUAAUACACCAGGAAUUCAGAUAGAUGGCAGUGUUGGAGGACCAUCGGCCAUGAUGGAGAAAGACGUUGCUGAAAGAGAUCUAGACAAUAAUAAUAGAAGUUCACUUGUCUUGACUCAGGAAGUCAAAGUUGCAACUCAGGAGGCCGACAGGCAGGAGAGUGCCAAAAAAGUGCUUGCUGUGAUCGAGGAAGUCACUUCUGACUAUCUUGGUGGCAGACUAGCAGUUAGCGUACGCAACAGGCCACUUUCUAUGAAACCGAAUCUUUCUCCCGAUGUGCCUUCAGCUGUUGUGGAGAAGGGUUCAGCUGAAACCUCUGGACUGAUGGCUCAUGGGUCCAUCACAAAGAGAGACAAUUCAAAGCAUGAUGGCAUAAACCUGCUCUUAGACAAAGAUGCCAAUACUGCUCUGCAUUUGGAACCUGAGGCUGAAGUUGAAAAACCAGAAGAAGGUGCAGCAGCUUCGAAUGAGGGAAAGUCCUUGUAUAAUGCCAAAAAAUCAGGCGAUGUCUCAGGUGACGAGAGUAACAAUGGUGAGCAGCAAACUGCAAAUGCAAGUAACUUGCCACUAAUUGCGGUUGCACCACCACCAAAACCUCCAAGGUUUGGCUUUGAGCUUUUUCCAAAUGUUCCGGAACCGAACCCAAGCUCACAGGAAGUCCAAUGCAAUGUGAAACAGAAGGAUGUCUCCAGGUGUAAAAAAGAAAACUAUUCUGGGAUGGCGGAGGUAGAAGAUUUGAUUAAAAAGGAGGAAGAAAAUGUUUCGUUUGCGGUUCUUUUAGACUCUUGCAGCAGAGCUGAUGAAGUUCUGUCCAGUGAAAUGCUGGCUGCAGAUGGAUCUCGGUUGAAACCAGGAAUUAUUCCAAAUACAAAACUGGAGUCUCUUGGGGAUGGAAUGCUAAGCUCAAACGAGGGAACAGAAUUAGAGCAAUACAAGACGUGCAAGUCUACAUUUUCUUUGGAAGGAUUAGACCCGACUCCAGGCACAGACGUCAACAUGAAACCAAUGACCCUAGGUGAAUCCAAACAACCUUGUAAAUUAGAGAUAGGCAGCUCCAAUACAGAGACAAAAUCAGACUUUGCAGGACAGACCAAAGUGAAUUCAGGAAAGAGCCCCUAUGUCAAGCUUGAUUCCUCUCAGAAGGAUGAGACUGAGCAAUCCUCAGAGAAAUUUAAAAGCAGUACACAAAAUACAAAAACUCAUACAGACGUAACAUCAGAAAACCCAGUAUGGCAUGGCACUGAAGCACCUCUCAUCCACUUCAGUGGACUUGGAGCCAUGCCUUCCAAGCCACCAAUCAAAGCACAGGAAGCAACACUUCUCAACCAGUCUCCGGCUGCUAGUUGGCUCGCGUCUAGCGUAUCUCAGGAUGUGGUAGCAGACCUCAAGGGUGAGGAGUUUUGGAAGCCUGGGCGCGAGGACCUGCAGAAACGACACAGUAUUGGCUCUCCCUUUGAAAAUCCCUUUAAACAGUUCAUGUCCCGCCCAGUUUUUGGCAGUGGCAACCCCUUUGUGCAGACCCCCCCUUCUCAAGGCCAUUCCUCAGAGCACUACUCUUCUUCAAUAUCCUCUGCUCAGGGAGGGAGCUUCAAAGACCUUCACAUGAGGGUGGCUCCAAAGUGCGUGCGCUCAAGCAGCCUUCCGGGGGAUCAUUUGUUCAGGCCUUUCCUGCAUGAAAACCCCCUGGCCGCUUCCACCCCCUCCCUAGUGGCUGAGACUAACUUCAGGUUAACUCGCUUCCCCUCCCCCAUCCUGUCCUCUUCGACUGUGGGGCCAGCAGCAGUGAUCGCCCAGGAGGCCGCAGCCGCCACCCCCUCCUCCUCCUCCUCCUGCCCUCCACCGCAGAUUGCUUCAGCGCUCACGGUUUUGCCUGAGGAGACACAGCCAGCUGAGAGCUCCCCACUGGGUCACAGAAGCAGCCCUCACCCGGUGAAGCCCCUCAGCUCCUCUGUCCACCUGGAUGAGAAGAGACAGGGUGGCAGCUCUGUUCCCAUCAGUGUGCUUGAGAAGCUGAAAUCCACCAUGCGGCCAGUACACAGCACCCUGCAGGGCCAGCAUCACGCAGAGGGGAUCAAGGCCCUGACAUCCCAGGACCAUGCAGCCCUCUAUCACCUGACCCAUGAUGAGCUCAUUGCACUCCUGCUGGAGCGGGAGGCGGAGCUGGACAAGCGAGGGGCGGAGCUGCAGAAGUUUGAGUGCAAGGUACACGACCUGGAGGAGUACAUUGACAGGCUGCUGGUGCGCAUCAUAGAAGAGACACCCACCAUGCUGCAGGUGCCCCAGGGCAAGUAGACAGGGAACCCUGCCCUGCCCUGCCUCUGCCCCACCACACAACCACAGGCUUCAGUAACUAACACAGACACAGCAGCACACAGCCCCAGCACUGCUGAUGACAGAACUGCAUUGCAACACAUUGGUCCUAGGCAGUGCAUUGAGUGUGCAUGCUUCACAAACAUCGGGGGGGCGGGGGGUUGAGCAAGCUGGCCAAUGAAAGUGAAGGUGACCUUUCAGACAUGCAUGCCAACUUCCAAUGAGGGUCUGCCCCCAUGCUGGGUUUGGAAUUAUAUAUUGCCUUUGCUGGAUUUAGAAAUAUAGGAAUGUUACGUGCAUCACGCCUAUGUGUACCCACAGUGUAAAUGCCAAAGCACCAGACUCUGAUGACAACUGAGGUGGCAUCCGACUUCGCUGCUUUAACUACCGUUGUUCCAGAUAUUGCUUCUACUGAACCCAUCCUCCGCUUGGAUCUCUGCUGCAUCACUUCAGUAUUAAUGGCUUCCAGUUUUGCUACAAAACCAGUCUUCUCGAACCUUUCACUGAAAGAUCUUUCAAUGUGAUUGAAGCAGGAUUGUCAUCUGCAGUGCAUUCCUGCAUGUACAGGGAGAGCCUUGGGGGUGGUCUGUUUAAGGGGGUGACAUCACACAACGCAUGCUGGGUUCUUGUCAGGCAGUCAGUCAUGCUGCAUAUUCCUAGGCUGCUUACUUGGGCUAAAAGAUUAUUCAAUAUAGCUGGGCUCCACAUGACAAGUAUCAGCAAGCAGCUGAAUUCCUUACAGAAAUAAGUGUGUGCUUCUACUUUCUUCAGGUGGUAAUGAUUUCCUUCAUGGUAACUGAAACUCUUUAAACAGCUGAGAAGAAAACAGAAAUAUUGGAGUUAUGGCUCAUUGUAUCCCUUGUCUUACCAGUUGUUGCUACUGUUGUAAGUUACAAGUGAUGUGUAAUACAUAUGAUCAUAACAGUUGUUUUAUACAAAUUGUGGUGAACAAAAGGCAAUAUUGAAAACUUGCCAUGACCAUUCUAAUGUGUAUGUCAUUACCAAUAAAUUAAAAAAAAGUGAAUUGUAUAAAGACUUAACAGGACAGGGCUACUGGCUGUGUGACCUUGCUGAGCCAAAGUAAUUGUGCUGCACUUGAAUGUACCGUAACCAAUUGAAAAUGCCUGCGUACCUCUGUAUUGUGGGACAUAGAUAAACAAAUGACACCAAAAGAGUAUUGAUCACCCAGUGACUGGUUUCUACACUGUCACCUGUUUCUGUAUGUGUCACUUGCUGUGAUUUGUGUGUGUCUAUACCGUCUACCCGUUUUACGUUUGUGCUAAGUUUGCAUCCAUUUAUACAUGCCUGUUUCCUUUUUUUUUCUGUUUUUCCUCCAUUUUGUUUUGAAUCUCACCUUUCCCUUCCGUGCGUCUGGUUUUCCAUGUUACAUAGUCCAUUGGCACUGCAGAUUGGAAGGUGUGUACUGAAUGGAGCCCCUGCCUCUGCUUACUUAUGCCCUUUCUGGAAGGAAUGCUAUAACUUGACAUUAGUGAUGUCUGCAAGACAUACAUUUUAAUGAGCUGGUUCGGGCAAGAUAGAAUAAGUGCCAUGUACCGAAUGCCAAAUGCUGCCUUAUGCUUAUGUUUUUGCUAUUUUUGUAUUUGUUAUAUUUGUUAUAUUUUUGAAUGCUCAUUUUAAAGGUGCCCCACCCCCAAAAGUGUAACUAUAAAAAAUGUACAUAUGAAUAUGUAUUGAGCACUGUAACUGUAGUAUUGUUUCUCAAAGUGUGGCACGGUGGGUUCAAAUCUUUCAGUAAAUAUGUCUUCACGCUGCCACCAAAAAGUUCAAGAAAACCGUGUUUCUCUGAGAUCCUCAAAAGCAAUGAUCUGUCUGUCACCUGGUUCCUUGUUUGACGUGAACUCUUUGUGACGGGGGUCCUAGUGUGGGGCUGCCUGUGAGAGGGGUGGGUCGCAGCCUUACAGUCUGCUCAACCUGGGGAGGGGGUUUCAUUCAUGGGCAGCCACCCCUACACCCGUCCUUACGAUGAUUCCUAAUAUGUGUAGCAUGCUCUCAAGCCUUCCAGGCUGCCAAAACAAGCAGUAGCAAACACCCCGACUGUUACCUUGCAAGGGACAGAGACCAUUCCAUUCAGUUGUAGGGGGGGGGGGGGGGUUCUUCUGGGCAUCCAGGUAUUGAGCAGCACCAUUCCUAUUUGAAUGAACACUGUGACGUGGAAGAUGUACGCGGCACUGUGCGUCUAGCCAAGCGCACUGGAUCAGCUGCUCCUUACCCUGUUUCAGCCUGCAAUUGUGGUUAAACACCCACUGGUAACAGCUUGAAAAGGUGGUCAUUCGGAGGACCGUUUAUAACUCAAGUCCCGGCAUUGAAAUAAUACACCACUUCUUCCCUGUUUUUGUCUUUUACUUGCCCUGCAGUGGGAGCUGCUGCUGCUGUUGUAAAUGAUGCAAUAAAUGUUGAUAGUGCGACACAAAAAAAUAAGUUUACAAUUGUAUUAAAGAUGCUUCUUUCUGUUACACUUUGUUUUCUAUAUACUGAGAAGAGUGUUGGUUUUGUGUUUGUUUUAUAUAUCUGCAAAUAACCUUUGUUUGUAUUAAGAAUUCUGUAAUAAAAAGCACUUUUCAAAGAAAUAAACCACUCCCGCUCAAGCAGCUUUACUUUCUAAA